AUAAACAUACAAAAGUUAAGAACUACUCGUAUUACCUAAUUAAUUAAGCCAAAAAAUAAAAAAUAAAAAAUAUGUGCACGCUAGAGAAACAAGGCAACAUUUUCAUCCUAACCUUAACCGGAGACGACGAUCACCGGUUAAACCCUACUCUACUCGACUCUAUCACCGCCGCAAUCCAUCGUAUCCGAUCCGAAACCACCACUCCAUCCGCCUUAAUCACAACCGCACAAGGCAAAUACUUUUCCAACGGCUAUGAUCUCGCCUGGUCUAAAGCCGACCCAAAUCGCUUCAUCGUUAUGUCAACUAAACUCCGAUCAAUCAUUAAAGACUUAAUAUCUCUCCCUAUGCCUACAAUCGCCGCGGUUACAGGACACGCGUCAGCAGGUGGGUUUAUCUUGGCAUUAGCUCAUGAUUACGUAAUGAUGAGAAAAGACAGAGGGUUUUUAUACAUGAGUGAAAUGGAUAUCAAACGUGUGGUUCCUGAUUGGUUAGUGAAGCUUUUCAAGAAUAAGAUUGGAUCUCCGGCGGCGCUACGCGAUGUGAUUAUGAGGGCUGAGAAAGUGACGGCGGAGAUGGCGGUGGCGAAGGGGAUAAUCUAUUCAGCUCAUGGUAGUGCGGCGGAGACGGUUACCGCGGCGGUUAAGCUUGGGGAGGAGUUGGUGAGUAGGAAUUGGGAUGGACACGUGUAUGCUCGUAAUAGGAAGGUGUUGCUUGGUGAUGUGUUGUCGGCGAUGAAUUCUCAAGUUACCGUCCAGGAUAUGAUUGCUGCUAAUUUUAUUACAUCAUCCUCAAAACUUUAAUUCCUGUAACAAUGCUCUUAAAUUAGUUGUAUUUUGUUUUCCAGCCCCUUACUUUGAUUUUAUUGUUGUAAAUUAUUUUGAAAUUGUAUAAAAAAAUUUGUUUCUUUUCGUA